AUGACAUCAGAAUGUGUAAAAGUAAUAGUAAGAUGUCGGCCCAUGAAUCAACGAGAAAAAGACCUCAACUGCAAAGAUGUCAUCAAAAUGGAUAAUGAGAGAGGUUUAUGUACUAUCACAAAUCCAAAUGAUUCUAAGGCACCUCCUAAACACUUUACUUUUGAUGGUUCCUAUUUUACCGAUUCCACCACAGAACAGAUUUAUAAUGAUAUAGCUUAUCCUUUAGUUGAGGGUGUAACAGAAGGUUAUAAUGGAACUAUAUUUGCAUAUGGUCAAACAGGAUGUGGUAAAUCGUUUUCGAUGCAAGGUAUUACUAAUCCUGCUACACAGAGAGGUAUUAUACCAAGGGCUUUCGAUCAUAUAUUUGAAACAGUUUCAGUUACGGAUGGUACUAAGUUUUUAAUACAUGCCUCAUAUCUGGAAAUCUAUAAUGAAGAAAUUCGAGAUCUGUUAGGCCAAGAUGUGAAAGCUAAAAUGGAAUUACAUGAACAUCCUGAAAAAGGAGUUUAUGUUAAUGGGUUAUCAAUGCACGCUGUACACAAUGUCAUUGAAUGUCAGAAAGUUAUGGAUAAAGGCUGGAAGAACAGAGCUACAGGAGCAACUCUGAUGAAUGCUGACUCUUCUAGAAGUCACUCAAUCUUUUCAAUAUAUCUGGAAAUGGCUAAUACAGAUGAAGCUGGAGAGGAACAUAUUAGAGCUGGCAAAUUAAAUCUUGUUGAUUUAGCUGGAAGUGAGAGACAGGGAAAGACUGGUGCAACUGGUGAUCGUCUAAAAGAGGCAACCAAGAUCAAUUUAUCACUAUCAGCUUUGGGUAACGUCAUAUCAGCAUUGGUAGAUGGUAAAUCUAAACAUAUACCAUACAGAGACUCUAAAUUAACACGUCUGCUUCAAGAUUCAUUAGGUGGUAAUACUAAAACUAUGAUGGUGGCCUGUUUGUCACCAGCAGACAACAAUUAUGACGAAACUCUCAGUACUCUGCGAUAUGCCAACAGAGCUAAGAAUAUCAAGAACAAGCCUAAGAUUAAUGAAGAUCCUAAAGAUGCUUUGUUACGUCAAUAUCAAGAAGAGAUAGAGAAGUUAAAAGCUAUGUUAAUGGGAAAGAUUCCUCUAUCAGCUGAUAACGAGCUAGAGGCAGAGAAAGAAAGAUUAAGAGAUGAGUAUGAACGAGAAAUGAAUAAUAUGAAAGAGAUGUAUGAAGCUGAGAAAUCUAAUAAGGGUAAAUUAGAAGAAGAUAUGCAAAAACUGAGAUCUUUUUAUGACAAUAAACUACAAGAUGUUAAUGGACAAAGUUUAUAUUAUUGUAGAUUGUUAGAACUAGAGAACCAGAUGGUAGGAGGGGAAAAUGUUGGGAAUAAAGAGAUAAAAGAAAAGAGAAGCAAAAGAAAGAAAUUUGCAGAAGAAAAGAGAUUGAAGUUAGCAGAGGCAGUGGCUAAAAUGGAUGAUGAUGGUAUUAUGUUGAAGUUAUUUGAUAACGUUCAUGAUGAAUUAAAGGUUAAAAAUAAAUUACUUGAUCAUGAAAAGGAGAAGGUUUUAGGUUUGGAGAGAGAGAUAUUAGAUUUGCAGUCUGAAUUUGAGUUUGAUAGAGUUGACUAUUUAGAUACAAUGAGGAGACAAGAGAAACAGAUGAAAUUGCUGGAGUCUUUAUUAGACAGAAUCCAACCUUGUAUUCGUAAAGAUGCUAACUAUAGUAAUUUAGAUAGAAUCAAACUAGAGUGUAAAUGGGAUAGUGAAAAUGAAAGAUGGAUACUCCCUAAAGUACAAAUUGAACGAACAGCUUUACCAUCUACAGGUACAUUAGCAGUUUUUUUAAGGCAUUGUAAAGAGUUUUUUUAA